AAAUUUCAUUGGUGUUAUACCUAUGUAUUUUUGUUUAAAUUUUAUACUUUUUAGUACUGACAAAAAUGGAGUCCAUCCAGGUGCCAAAGGAGCUGAAAUCGCUGCUGAGCUGCGGUCUAUGCCAUCGCCCGUACGAUCUGGCCACCGGCCUUCUGCCCCAGGAGCUCGCCUGCCGGCACAGCUUCUGCAAGAAGUGCGUGCAAAGAAACACCGACCACAACUCGUCCGAGUGUAUUUGCAAUUUGUGCGGAUAUCGCACGCAGCUGGAUGGCCAGCAGCUACCGCAAUCCGUAACCAUCAUGUAUCUGCUCCGUGAGCUGCCAGCUUUGAUUCUGGGCAGAGCCAUGUUGGAUUUUUCGUACAAAAGGAGCAGCACUAUUGAAAUGUCUAUUGAAGAAGCACCCAGCAGCCCAUCGAAAAACUGGGUGGAAGACAUCAACGUGGAGAGCUUUCUGGCCACCAGUGCGGAGCACUGUUUCAUCCAUGCCAUGCCGAACUCCACGUGGUGUCACAAUUGCCAACGUCUGCUGUGCCGUGCCUGCUCGGAUGUCCCAUUGCACCAGGACCAUAUCCUGGUGCGCCAGGUUGAUUACCAUGACCUUAUCAGCCAACUGCUCAACUCCGAGUUGAGGAAGAUCAAGAGCACGGCUGUCCAUGCCAAAGAGUUGGCCACCCACGAAAUGGAUCUACUACGCGAGCUGUGCGAGGCGUGCUACCGCGUUCAGUUGCAUGUGAAGCGUGAGAUGCUGGAACACCAUUCUAGCAUGGUUGCGGCCUCGAUGAUCGGUUGGCAUCGACUAGCCGAGCGGGAUCUGCAUCGAGUCGGUAGACUUACUGGAGCAAAAAUGCUGCAGGUGCUCGCCCACUUGGCCACACAGCGGCAGCGAUACGAGCGCCAGUUGGACCAGGUGCACUUUCAAUGUCGAAUGCAAGCCGCAAUUCAGGAGAACGGGAUGCAGGUCCUGGACUUUGAGACUCUGAAUAACAGGAUCGCACGGCUACGCAGUCAUCGUCGGCCCGGUGCUAUUCCCGCCAAUGUGGGGCCACCGCAGGCGCUCAUCCUCACCAACUACUGUGUGUACGCCUACUGGUGCGAGAUGCAGCGCGAAAUGAUUCCUCCACGCCACAGGAAUCUGACACCGGAUCCAGAAUUACUGCCGGAACCGCGGCGAGCUGUGGUGCCUCCGCAUUUCAAUAAUAGCCUGCGGGAGGUGGAACUUCUGGAUUAUGUGCAGCAGAUCGAACUCGAGCAGUUUCGAACGCUCAGUCAACCUCCGUAUGAUGGUUCACACGAAUCCUCCUCGUCGCCGAACAGCAGCAGCAGUACAAACAGCCAAAGCAAUUAUAUUGCUCUAGACACGGAAUAUGGACUUCGAGAAUUGGUGCGCCAGUUGCAACAGCAGCCGCAGCAAGUGCAACAGGAACAGCAGCAGCAGCAGCAGCAAGUACACCAGCUUACCCACUCAAUUUACCAGCCAGAUGCGAUUCUCGUCAACUCGGUGGAGCCGCAGCUAAUUGGUCAACAAAGCCAUGAUCAUCAUCGACAGGAUGGCGGUACGAGUUCAUCGGUAAGCAUUGUGCGUCAGCCCAUCGUUCACUGUUACCCCAUCUACUUUCUGGACAUGGAAAUAGCAGGAGAACUGGCCGGACGGGUCCUAAUCGAGGUGCGAUCUGAUGCUGCUCCCCGGAUGGCGGACAACUUUGGGGCGCUGGUGCGGCACGAGCGGGGCUAUGGCUAUCGUGGCUGCACUGUCUUUCAGGCCUGGGGAGGCGAGAGCAUCAUCACCGGCGACUUUGAAUCGCAGAACGGACGCGGUGGGCACUCGGCCUUUGAGAGCAGAUACUUUUUGCCAGACGAAACGGGAUUGCCGGCACAUCGGGGAACGGUUGGUAUGCGCAGGGGACAGCGGCGACAGGACAGAAGUGGAUUUGUGGGCAGCCAAUUUCGGCUGGUGCUAAACGAGAUGCGAUCCUUCACCGCCAUUUUCGGAUUCAUUGUCCAGGGCAUUGAGCUGGUGGACCGAAUUGCGGCCAGUGGCAAUGCUCUAGGACGCCCGGCCCUUAGGAGCAUUAUCCGGAAUUGUGGGGAAUAUCAUUUAAACCAAUAAUAAGUCCGACUGAUCCAUUAGCUAAUCCUACUUAUCGAACAGUAUCAAACCGAAAGCUCCUAAACACUUUGAAUGUACAACACCACCCAAUAUCUAUUUUAUUCUUGGAAUGCAAAUCUUGGUAUAAAUUUUGUAAAAAUAAACGAUCAAUGUAAGACACUUGAAACUCGACAUUUUCAGCAACAGAAGCCAAUUUUUUUAACAAAGAAAGAAAGAAUUUUUAUAAACAAUUUACAACUUAUUGAAACGUUUUGGAUGCUAUUUUAAAUAAAAAAAAGACUAUCAAUGAUCUAUAAACAUUUCAGAUUCAUGGACAAGGUGGAAAUUGUAACAGACCUUGAGUAUUUAAAUAAGUUUAGCUUAAGGAAAACGACACUAAAUGUGCGUUGGAGCGCUACGACGAUACCUGGAUAUAGUAAAUUAGCUACAAUAAAAACUUAAAAAUUUGAAACCACGAGUAAGGUGAAAUCCAAAUACAUAGCUGACAUGUAAUUAAUGUCAAUUCAAGUUAAUAAUUAAUAUGAAAUAAACCUAUUAGCAAUAAGUAAAUAAACGAGAUAGUUUUCGGUGUCUAAAUAUGCAUUUGAUGUGAUCAUAACUAAGGCUAUGUUUGUGAUGGAUGAAAUAAUGAACGCCAAGAAUAGCCAUCCAUAAAAAUAAGGGAAUCAAGUAAUAAUAUGACCUUAGCGAUGUAAAGGAAGGCAAAGAAUCUUUUUAGGAACAAAUCGAAAUCAAUUUUACGAAAUUUGUAGACUUAUUAUACUUUAAAUUAUUUUAAGUAAUCAAUCAAUCAACGAUUAACUUCAAUUGAAAAGAAAAAAAUCAAAUCGAAAUCUUAUAUUUUCCAAAAUAAUAAAAACGCGUAUCACAAUUAAGCAUUAGAUAGAACAAAACAGUUUGGCAAAAUAAAAAUAAAUAAAAAAAAAUAAGGGUAAUAACUGGAAAAUUGUGAUUGGCUUGGCAGUUGCUCAGAAAGUUAUUUUAACAAUUGAAUAUGCGCUAAAUAACAACAUUGUUUAUGAAUGUCCUAGGUAUAGGAAAAAUAAAAUGAACGUUUGAAGGAGAACCCAGAGCAAUGAUGAGAAGUACAAACCGAGAAGGAUAAGGAAAAUAAUGAAGUUGUUCCAUAAAUAAAUCAACGUAAUCCAAGAUAAUGUAAGCCUCUAGAUGUCAAAUGUUUGAAUUGGCGUUGCUCUUGACACCCAAAUUUUCUUUGCAUGUAUCAAACUGAAAAACCAAAUCCCAUUCGUAUUGAUGUCUAAAUAUGGAAGUUGUUUGUGUAAAUGUGUGAACGUAAUUCAAUAAAGGUUGCCCGAU